AUGCCGCAAUCACCCAUGAUCUCAGUGCCUCUCAAGGCCACCAAUGAAAUUGAUUGGGUCUCACCUUUAAAAAAUUAUAUACGUCAAAGCUAUGGAGACGAUCCCGAGCGCUAUGCUGAAGAAUGCGCUACCCUUAAUCGCUUGCGACAGGAUAUGCGAGGCGCCGGAAAGGAGAGCACAUCGGGUCGCGAUAUGCUCUAUCGAUACUACGGCCAGCUCGAGCUGCUUGAUUUGCGGUUUCCUGUUGAUGAGCAGCAUAUCAAGAUUGCAUUUACAUGGUUCGACGCUUUCACGCACAAGUCAACCACACAAUACUCCCUCGCAUUCGAGAAAGCCUCCGUCAUCUUUAAUAUUUCCGCCGUUCUAUCAUGUCAUGCAGCAUUUCAGAACCGAAGCGAGGACUCACCACUUAAAGUUGCAUACCACUCCUUCCAGGCCUCGGCCGGAAUGUUCACAUAUAUCAACGAUAACUUUCUCCACGCACCAUCCUUUGAUCUCAGCCGUGAAACCGUUAAGACAUUGAUACACAUCAUGCUAGCACAGGCCCAAGAAGUGUUCUUAGAGAAACAGAUUGCUGAUCAAAAGAAGGUUGCCUUGCUUGCCAAGUUAGCCGCCCAAUCCGGCUACCUUUAUGGGCAAGCCAUUGAGGGGGUCCAAGAAAACGUCAACAAGGCUAUCUUUGAGAAGGUGUGGCUGACAAUGGUCCAGAUCAAAAGCAAUCUGCUGAAUUCUAUGGCCCAAUAUUAUCAGGGCCAGGCAGAUGACGAAGCUAAACAACAUGGCAGUGCUGUCGCACGGUUCGAGGUCGCAGAAAGACUUGCCAAAGAAGCCGAACGACUGUCACGAAACUUUCCAGCCACGGUGCCAGCCAACUCAAACCUCAGCGCUGAGUGUGGCGGCCUCCUACAAGAGCUUUCAAAGAGACAGCUGUCGAGUGUCCAAGAUAGGCUUCGUGAAGCAGUAAAAGACAACGACUUCAUCUAUCACCAGACUGUGCCUGCUGAAGCCAGCCUAGCGGGCAUUGCGAAGCUUCCAGCAUCAAAACCCAUUCCCGUGAGCGAGCUCUAUGCUGGCCAGGAUAUGCAGCGCAUUACGGGACCCGACCUGUUCGCCAAAAUUGUACCUAUGGCCGUAACUGAAUCUGCAAGUCUGUACGACGAAGAGAAGGCCAAACUCAUCCGAGCCGAGACUGAGAGGGUUGAUGCCGCGAAUGGGGAAAUGGCAGCAAGCCUAGACUACUUACGUUUGCCAGGGGCACUUCAGGUGCUGAAAGGCGGCUUUGAUCAAGACAUCAUCCCCGACGAAGAUUUCCGCCAAUGGUGUAUCGAUGUUGCCGAUCAUGAAGCGCCUGCUGAGAUUUUCGAACUUUUGCGGAAUGAAAAGGAGACCAUUGUCUCUUUAUUAGACAAUAGCUCCAAGCAACUCGAUUUGGAGGAGAGUGUCUGCGAGAAGAUGCGGUCCAAAUAUGAAGGCGAGUGGAGCCAACAGCCAAGUUCUAGAUUAACGACAACUUUGAGAUCAGACAUUCGUAAUUACCGGGAAGCUUUGGAUGUGGCCAUGAGAAGUGACAACCAACUUGCGGCGAAACUCCGGGAAAACGAAGUUGAAUUUGAUGAGAUGCGACAUGCCGCCCAGGAAGCAGAUGUUGAUCAGCUUUUCCGGAAAGCCAUUACUCAAGCCCGCUCCAAGGGCAGUCAUGCGUCGAGUCCCGCUCAUGUCGAACCUAACCUCCUCGACGCGGAUUUUGGCGAAAGCGGACCUAGUGUGAUGGAUCAAGUCAAUAUGGUUGAGGAAAUUCUCAAGAGGCUCAAUCUCAUAAAGCGAGAGCGGAACCAAGUCCUGAAGGAUCUCAAGGAGAAGGUACACAACGAUGAUAUUUCACAAGUUUUGAUUUUGAACAAAAAGUCCAUUUCCAACUACGAGACUCAGCUGUUUGAACAGGAGUUAGAGAAAUUUAGGCCACACCAGAACCGCUUAUUGCAGGCCAAUCAUAAGCAAUCGCAGCUGAUGAAGGAAUUGACAGCAACGUUUAACGCUCUGUUGCAAGAUAAACGUGUAAGGUCCGAGCAGAGCAAAUAUGAGGGUAUGCAACGACAGAGGUCAUCGGUUAUCAACAAAUACAAGCGAGCAUACCAGGAGUUUUUGGAUUUAGAGGCAGGGCUGCAAAGCGCAAAGAACUGGUAUUCAGAAAUGCGGGAAACGGUGGAAAGCUUGGAAAAGAACGUGCAGACGUUUGUUCACAACCGGAGGGCGGAGGGCGCGCAGCUACUCGACCGGAUGGACCAAGACCGGUCUGCGAGCAAGAGCAACCAGGCUGAACUGGAGCAAGAACGUCUACGAGGCUUAAUGGAGCGCAUGUCUGUGGAUCCGGCCAAAGCAUCGCCUCAGACAUCGACGUCUAAUCGUCCGGCGCCGGCACCGUUAUUCCAGCCUGGACAAGGUCCUCGAUAUGCGCAAAACAACUUCCAGGGCCAAUAUCAGGUACCUACUUCGCCGCCUCCCAACCAAGCAACAUAUCCAGGGUAUUCCAGCCCACCACCACAGAGCACGUUCUCGGCGCCUAUGGCGUACAAUCCGUCUCAAUAUGGCCGAACUCCAGGACCAACCUCACCACCCCCAAAUCAGGCAUCGUUUGCCGUGAAUAGGAUGCCACACUCGCCGCCCCCGACUCAAACGUCCUUUGGGCAGACUCACCAACACCAACCACAUCAGACUUAUGGGAACUACGGGGCAUCCCAGGCGCAACAGCCGGCUGGUUACGUGCCUCCUGGAUUUGUGCCGCCGCCGCCGCCGCCUGGUCCUCCGCCGCUGGGACCACAACAGACCUUUCACUAUGAUGGGCACAGCGGCCAUCAGCAGGGUGCCCAGACGCGCGUGACGCAGCCAGAGCAACCCCACGAUCCGUGGGCUGGACUGAAUGCAUGGAAAUAA